UUAAAGGUGUUGUAAAGGAUAGUUCAAUCUGUUUUUCUCCUAGGCUUCACCACUGUCGUCUGUGGCCAAACAUAAUGGCUGGACAGUUGUUUGUCUGUUUGGUUACUGUGUUGGUGUGGAAUUUGAUUAGUUAUGAAGCCGACGGGGUGACACCCGCACACACCAGCCACCAUCUGAGCAAACGUAACGUGGCCCAGCUGUGCAGCCUCAUACAGCUGUACACCAACAGGAACUGUCUGGGCUACAUGGGCUACGGCUGUUUCUGUGGGCUGGGGGGCGUGGGCACAACCCCAGUUGACGACACUGACAAUUGCUGUUUGACACACGACAACUGCUACACAGAUGCCGGCAAAUUGUGUGGGUGGCUCUCCCCUCCCCACCUGGUGACGUACAAAAAAUCUUGUAACGGGACUAGGUGCACGUGUGAAGAUUCCCAGUCCAAGCACCCAUGCAGGUACAAGACAUGUCAGUGUGACCUGGAGUUUGCCCAAUGCCUGACCCUCCACACCUACGACAACAAAUACGCCAAGUAUGACAAGAAGAAAUGUAAGGAACAAAACAUUAAAACUAAACCUUAA